GUAGGGUCCAUACUGUUGUGGUUUUUGUGCGACCUAUAUGUGAUUUUAUAGGUAAAAUGUUUCUAAUUAACGUAUAUUAGGGGUCAUUCUGCGGUGUAAGGUGAAACUAUUGGGUCGGCUGGUGUCGUCGGUAGAUAGUAGGGGUAUAAUGUCUGGAGCGGCCGGUGGAGGAGGAGGCUCCUCCUGUCAGGGCGCAGCAGCGGCAGCCAGUUGCAGCUCCGCCGGCUCUGCCUACGCUGCCUCAGCCGGGGGAGGCGCAGGGGUGGCCGGGAGGCUGCCUGCGAGGGUCCUGGAACAUGUUUUCUCGUAUUUGGAGAUGUCCGACUUGAUGCGGUGCGCCUUGGUGUGCUGGCAUUGGAACAAUAUCCUGGCGGAUGAAAACAGCGAGGUGUGGCGCAGCCUCUCCAACCGGACUCUGAGCGAUGAAGCUUUACGGUCUGACAUCCUGUGCAACCUGCCCACCUACAGAGGGAAACUGAAGGCUUUUCAACACGCUCUGAGCUCCCACGACUGCUCUCGCAAUGUUUACGUGAAGAAGAACGGCUUCACGCUGCACCGCAACCCUAUCGCCCAGAGCACAGAUGGAGCACGUGGCAAGAUUGGCUUCUCAGAAGGGAGGCACGCCUGGGAGAUCUGGUGGGAAGGUCCUCUGGGCACCGUAGCAGUGAUCGGCCUCGCCACCAAACGGGCGUCCAUGCAGUGUCAGGGCUACGUGGCCCUGCUGGGCAGCGAUGACCAGAGCUGGGGCUGGAACCUGGUCGACAACAACCUGCUGCAUAACGGGGAGGUCAACGGAAACUUCCCACAGUGUAACAAUGCACCGAAAUAUCAGAUCGGGGAGAGAAUACGAGUGAUCCUAGACAUGGAUGACAAGACGUUAGCCUUCGAGAGGGGUUUUGAGUUCCUUGGAAUAGCGUUUCGUGGACUUCCCAAAGCCUGCCUGUUCCCUGCUGUCUCUGCAGUAUACGGCAACACUGAAGUCACCAUGGUCUACCUGGGAAAACCUCUAGACGGCUAGAAGGAACCUGUGCCACCAUUCAAACUAACAAGCCACCAGGAGUUCUUCUGUCAACAGACUGUUUGUUGCACCGUUUCAAAAAGUUUUGGAGUCUAAGGCAGUCAUGUUCCUUCCAAACAGAGCAACUAUCCACAAACACAAAGAGAACUGUCUGCAUUUUUACUACAGCUCAGCAUAAGGAGUCAGAUUUUGGACUGGACAAGCUACAGGGAAAAGGAAUGUGUGGUAAACUGUCAUAAACAUGUUUCUGUAUCAAUGUGGAGGUGUCCACUUUUACAGUUUAGCUGCUGGACUUUUUUAUUUACAGCAUAGUGGAACAUGAUUUCAUUUUCAGGCUAACAAUGCUGAAUAUUUACUUGAGAUUUUAUGCCGUCUUAAAGGAGGCCAAAGCUAUUUUUAACUGUGGCAAAUACUUUAAGAUAUAAUUUUAAGAAGUGAAUCGGUAGUUGUUGUCAAAAGCUAUCUGUUGUAUAAGUUAAUGGAAACAGCUCAUCAUGAAUUAAUACAGUUUUGCCAAAUUUAUGUGACACAAUGUUAUAUUUUGCUAUGGGCAAACAUGGAAGACAUGCAGACCAGACCGACUGUCAUGCAUGUGCAUGGAUACCGGCAUAUGGACUAUAACAUCUGACCCUUUUAAUAUGCGUAUAAACUAUAACUGUAUCAUGUUAUUGUGUGUCCUUUUUAAUGUGCUUCCGUAGUAUUACACACUAUUUAUUUCUUGGUUUUAUCUAUGGUACUAUAGAUACUGUAUGGUAAUAAGACCUGAAAAUAAAGUCUACAUGGUGCCACUCUUAGAAUAAA